ACAAUAGAUAGUAAAUAGUUUUAGCCUUUCAAGUUUAAUUCUGAUACGAGUUAAGGUUAAAUAAAUACAUAAAUAAAGUACCUGGACAGCGGUUUUGAGUGUACACUAUUAGCCAAUCACAGCACAGCAGGUGGAACACGAUUGCCCAAUCAUAACGCGGGAACGGAGGAGUGCUAACCAAUCAGAGCGAAGUAGGCAGGAUUUGUUGGAAUACGGAAGUGGAAAAAUAAUAGCGCUACACUGAGCUGGAGAAUUGAAUCAUUCAGUUAGCGAGGAAGCUAACGUGUUGGGCUAAUAUCCGGCUAGCCUAAGCUAAGCAAAGCUACUAGGGCAAGUCCAUCCGUCUUUCUGCUAAAAGGAUGGAUAUAAGCUAACGAUGACCGGAGAGAAAAAGAAGAAGAAGCGGCUGAACCGCAGCAUUCUUCUGGCCAAGAAAAUCAUCAUUAAAGAUGGAGGCAGUCCACAGGGGAUGGGUGAGCCAAGUGUGUACCAUGCAGUGGUCGUCAUCUUCCUGGAGUUCUUCGCCUGGGGACUCCUUACCACACCUAUGCUCACGGUGUUGCAUCAGACGUUCCCCCAGCACACAUUCCUGAUGAAUGGACUCAUUCAUGGAGUUAAGGGUCUCCUGUCGUUCCUCAGUGCUCCUCUGAUUGGUGCUCUCUCUGAUGUUUGGGGUCGGAAGUCGUUCCUUCUGCUCACUGUCUUCUUCACCUGCGCACCCAUUCCACUGAUGAAGAUCAGCCCAUGGUGGUACUUUGCUGUGAUCUCGGUGUCGGGAGUAUUCGCUGUGACGUUCUCUGUCAUUUUUGCGUAUGUGGCCGACAUCACACAGGAGCAUGAGAGGAGCACGGCAUAUGGCCUGGUGUCUGCGACAUUUGCGGCCAGUUUGGUGACAAGCCCAGCGAUCGGGGCAUACUUGUCUCAGGUGUACGGGGACACGCUGGUGGUGAUCCUGGCGUCGGCCAUCGCUCUGCUGGACAUUGGCUUCAUCCUGGUGGCUGUCCCAGAGUCUCUGCCUGAGAAAAUGAGACCAGCAUCGUGGGGAGCUCCCAUCUCCUGGGAACAGGCUGAUCCCUUUGCUUCUCUGAGGAAGGUUGGUCAGGACUCCACAGUGUUGUUGAUCUGUAUCACAGUCUUCCUCUCUUACCUGCCUGAGGCCGGACAGUACUCCAGCUUCUUCCUGUACCUGCGGCAGGUGAUUGGAUUCACCUCAGAGACAGUUGCAGCAUUUAUUGCAGUGGUGGGAAUCCUGUCCAUAUUAGCUCAGACAGUGGUGUUGGGUGUGCUGAUGCGCUCUAUUGGGAAUAAGAACACCAUCCUGUUAGGGCUCGGCUUCCAGAUCCUUCAGCUCGCCUGGUAUGGCUUUGGCUCCCAGCCCUGGAUGAUGUGGGCAGCGGGGGCUGUAGCUGCAAUGUCCAGCAUCACUUUUCCAGCCAUCAGUGCCAUCGUUUCCCGAAAUGCAGAUCCUGACCAGCAAGGUGUGGUACAGGGGAUGAUAACGGGGAUCAGGGGGCUGUGUAACGGACUUGGCCCCGCCCUCUAUGGCUUCGUCUUCUACCUGUUCCACGUGGAGCUGAAUGAGAUGGACGCUGCAGGAGGAGCCGAGAAAGGAACCAAACCCAACAUGGCCAAUCCCACUGACGAGAGUGCCAUCAUUCCUGGUCCCCCAUUUCUAUUUGGAGCGUGCUCAGUUCUCCUCUCCUUGUUGGUGGCGCUCUUCAUCCCCGAACACAAUGCGCUCUCUCUGCGGCCUGGCAACUACAAAAAACACACCAGCACUGCCCAGAGCCACGCCCACACCCCUCAGGGUGGAGCCUGUGAAGGCAAAGAGCCUCUACUGGAUGACAGCAGCGUAUGACCCCACCCACUGCCACCUCAAACACAUGAGGGUGGAGCCGGUGAGAAGAAGAGGCCUUUCUAUUGGUCAGGGUCAGUGUCUGCCUCCGCCCACUGUCGCCUCACACACAUCAGGGCAGAGCCAGUGAUAAGAAAUAGCCUUUCUAUUGGACAGGUUCAGUGUCUGACUCUGCCCACUGCCACCUCAAACACAUCAGGGUGGAGAAUGAUUGCACUCUAUGACUGUGCCCACUUACCUCAAUCAUACACAUUUCUCCCUAGUUUUUGAGCUCAAAUACACAUUACGGCGGACCUUGUGAGAAUUAGAUGAUAGCAGUGCAUAAUUCCACCCACUGCUGCCAAACACACGCCCAAGCAGAAAUUGGCCUUACUGGAUGUGAACAUUGUAUGAUUCCACCCACUGCCAUCUCACACACAUCAGGGCGGAGCCUACAAAGGACCAAUGCCAUAUGUCCCCACCUACUGGCACACUAAAGACUAAUCAGGUUGGAGCCUGUGGGAAGUGAAUGACAGCAGUGUAUGACUCCACCCACUGCCACCUCAAAUGCACCUCAGGGUGGGGUCACGUACAUGAUUCCACCCACUUUCCCUUGUUUUGCCCCCCAACAAAUGUUUGACCGUACUGACCUCCAUCAGCUGAACACACACUUCAGAACGCUGUGUGUGGAUGACGUUAGCGCGCACACAUGUACACACAUACACAUACAGUGUUUAUAAGAACUGUUUAAACAGUCUGGUGGUUUUUACAGGUGUGUGUGUGUGUGUGUGUGUGUGUGUGUGUGUGUGUGUGUGUGGUGGAUAUCUUCUCUCUCUAUAUUCUGUUACUACUGAGGCCAUAUCACAGCGGCUGUGUCCUGAAUGGUGCCGUACUCCCUUUUCCCUACAGAGACACUUUGGUCUGUGUACACUGUACAGUUUUUUAGACAUUUCUAGACUGCUGUGGUGCAUUGUGGGUCAUUAUUGAUUUGAUAUUAGCUUGUUGCGGUGCAUUAUGGGAUUUAGUCCACUUUGUUUGUGGAUGUAACAGAUGCCUGAUGUAGUGCAGUAUGUAGUGUACAGGGUGUGGACUGGGACACGCAGCAUCUCCAUCAUUAAAUCCGCUGCCUUCGUUUACUGUGAGCUGAAAAUCUGUACCCUGAUGACGGCGCUGUCUGUCUCUCUGACUGUCUGUCUCUUUGAUUUCUGUCUUUUUGUCUCUUUCUGUUUCUCUCUCUUUCGCCCAUUUUGAGAGGGUAAUCCGGUGAGCACAUGGUUUUAGACCACAUAAGAAAUGACAACUCUGCUAUCACUGACUGAAAGUGAAUGACCACCAAUUAUUUGCUAAUUGGUGGAUAUUAGUUUUUAGGAGUGUGUGUGUGUUGUACUGUGUGUGUGUGUAUGUAAAAAAAUGAAACAGAAUAUUUCAGUGAAACUGUAAAGCAGUCAGCGAGCUGUAAAUAACAGGAAAUUAACAAGCCACUAUUUAUUAAAAGGUUCCUGAUUCUCAGCGCUUGACGCCUCGUCGACUUCCUGUGUGAGAGAUUUAUUGAUCUCCAGCUCAGUGUGGAGGUGCUGGGGAUUAUUAUGGGGUGGAUUUCAGCUCCUUCACAGAAUGUUAGUUAAAAUAAAGAUUCAGAUUUAAGUUUAAAACAGCAGAACAGAGAGAAGAGUUUAUUUCUACACAUGGAGAAUAGGACUGAUUUCUUUAUACAUCAUAAAAUAUAGAAAUAAGAACUGAAGAAUGAGGAUGUGGGAAAGAUUUACAGAGAGAAUGAAGACAUUGAGAUUAAAUCAUACAAAAGCAAAAGAAUAAUAAUUACUACUGUAUGAAUAUUUACACUUUUAUAUAAUAAUAUAAAUAUUAUUAAUAGUAUGUUAUCUUUCAUUAAUCUAGUUAUUUUAAUAUUUAUUUAAAUUAUUACACAAUUUAUUAUUUAAAUAAAUCAAAUUAAUAAUUACAAAAUUAAAUUAAAUUAGGUUAAUAAUAAUAAUAAUAAUAAGCACACUGGGCUCAAAAAAGUAACAGUGCCAAAAUUUUAUUUAUGUUUUUUUGUUGUUAUUUUUCCCUGAUUUUGUCCUUAAUUUAUUCUUGGCCAAUUCCCACCCACCAGUCAGCUCUCCACCUAUCAUAUAACAGAUACUUGCCCCGGAGGGUGAAGACUUAACACAUGCUUCCUCUGCGACACAUGAAGCCAACCACACCUUUUCUCUUUGCAUCACGGAGCAGCAUAACACAUUUAGAGGAAAGUGCUAUCUGCCCUCUUCCAUAAACAUGAACUCACAGACACCCAUGAUUGGCUGAUGUCGCUGUGAUUGACAGAGAGAGUAUACCCCUCCCACCCAGAAAGUAUGGACACUUUAGCUCUUUUGGAGUCUGGGUCACAGUUGGCAGAGGAAUUGUCGGGAUUUGAACUCGUGGUCUGUAGAUAAUAGGUUGAAUGCUUUUCUGUUGCGCCUCUUGGGAGCCCAAAAAUGCUUUUCUUAAAAAAACUGUUCAUUUCAGCCGGCUCUGAAAAAGAUCUCCAGUGUUACAGAAAUAAAGAAAAUUGUGUUUUCAAAUUAUUGUCUACUGCUUUAAACUGCUUUGUUUAAAUAUCUUUUUACUGCACAUUAAAGUAAAUAUCCUUUUACUGCACAUGCACUCAACAGAUACUGACACUGAUGUGUAAAACAUUGUAUAGAACCAUGGUUCUCAAAGUGAGCUCUGAAUGUAUUGCUUUAUUUAACUCAUGUGAUUAAAUAUUAUUAUUAUUAUUAUUAUUAUUAUUUAAUAUAAUUUAGCUCAGUUGAAAUGCAAUGGAUUUAAAACUCAAUAGUUAAAACAUUAAUAAUGUUAAGUGUAUUAUAAUAAAACCGGGAUGUGAUAAAGAUUUAAAUGAUGAUGAGGGGAAAGUUGAGGAAUAAAAGCUCUAAUGGCUGGAA